GCUGAAGCGGUGCAGGGAACUGACGAAGUAAUAAAUCUAAAGUCCAUUCCAAAUGUUGACCUCACCAAGGUCAAAGUAGAGGAUAACAAGGUCAAGGUCAGGGCUGGAACAUGGGAAUUGGAUGUCACUUACAUUCAGGGUAUGCCCACAACAAAGUCAAAACAAGAUGUCCUUCUCUUGCACGGUGCCAGCUUUUCAGCUCAGAACUGGAAGGAAAUCAAAACUCUGGAGACAUUUGGGGCCUUGGGGUAUAGAAUGGUGGCCAUAAACAGGCCUGACGAGUUAAAGGCAUCUGUUAAAAAAACAAUUGCACUGGAAUUCCUGGUGAAUCUGAUCCAAGCCCUGAAGCUGGACAAGCCAAUUGUGGUGAGCCCGUCUGCUAGUGGCGAAUUGGCCAUUCCUCUGCUGGGGAUGGGAGAAGAACAUAUCCGAGGAUUUGUAUCAUUGGCCCCGGUAACAACAGACCUAUUCACUCCAGAACAUUACAAGAAUGUCAAGGUGCCAAUUUUGAUUGUUUACGGUGAGAAGGACACAGGUUUGGGUCACCAAUCACUGGAAAACCUGAAAAAUAUUCCCAACCACAAGACAUAUGUCAUGAAGGACGGAGGCCAUGCUGCUUACAUCAGCAAACCAGAUGUAUUUCACCAGUGUUUGUACAGCUUUUUAGAAGACAUCACUGCAAAGAACACCUGAGUUUAUGUACCGGUACAUGUGAUAUUUAGAGUGUGUGUCAGUUGUGUAGUCUGACUAAUGUUUAGACUGCACCAACAGGUGUUUAGACUAUGCACAAGUAUUUAGACUGUAAACACAGGUGUUGAAGCCGGACAUGCAAACAGACGUUUAGGGUAUUUACCAGUGUUUAGACAGCACACACAAGUUUUUGCAGACGUUUGUGUUAGAUGUCACAGACAGGUGUUUAGAUGGUACAGACAGGUAUUUAGACUGUACAGGUAGGUGUUUAGACUGUGCAAACAGGUUUUGAGAAUGCACAAGCAAAGUGUUUACAGUGUACAUACAGAUGAUUGGACUACACAGACAGACUACACAGGUGUUUUUAAAUUUAAAUUGAGAACUAAUUUUAUCUUCCACUAACAAGUGUGUAAAUUGUCAAUAAAAGAGGUGUGAAGGCUGUCGGAACAAACAUAUUUUACAGGCAUUGAGAAGGCUGUAAAAAAAACAAGUGUUUAUGGGGAUGUGAUGAGAUAAAUCGUCACUAUCUCCUUGAUGUAUGCAAUGUGAAAUUGGUACAUUUUUGUUUUCUUUUUUACUACUUUUAAAUGUAGCUAAAUAUUCACAGAAAGUCUUUAUUUUGUCAAACCCAGACCUAUAUUGUUAACUGUAUCUUGUACAGUGAUAUCAUACAGACAUGUAUACAUUGCGUAUGGUAUAGACCCAUUUUGGCAGUGAAACAAGAACGAUAUGUAAAAAGGUCUCACAUUUAGAACAGUUUUCCAAGGAUUUGUUUCUGUCAGUCAUGUUAUUUGGCAUCAACAUGCUGAGAUUAUUUCUUGGGACCUAUGUUCUACAAAUAUUUAAUCCUGCUUAAGAAAUUGAUACCUGUAUAAAAUGUCUUCUGGUGUAGAAUGCAAUUUGUCAGAAACAGAGGUCAGUAUGGAACAAAGCAGUUAAUUUUCUGCAGUUUCUAAUGUUGUAGACUUUUAUAGGCAAGAGUACAGACUGUGUCUGUAAUUGUUCUCAUUGAAUGGGAAACUUUGCACGACAGUUUUUUUUUUGACAAAUGUUUUAUGGACUUAUAGGUAAAAAGUUUUCCCAACAUAAAUUGUAGAAUUAUGGGCUGGAAAACAAAAGACAGACAUCUGACACCAUUGAUCCUAAUGUCAUAAUGGUCUAUAAACCGAACUAUGUGACUCAAACAUCUCAUUAUGUUUGUGUGAAAAUUAAUUCCAUGAGAUUUUCUUCUCACUCAUCCUUCAAGGAUUCUGUCACAAUCUUCUGAAAAGUGCGUCCAAUUCACGGUACAUUCUUACAUUCUCAUUCAGAGAUGAAUUCAGAUGGGAAUCAUGUUUUUUUAUGUGCAAGAGCUACAUUAAAUUUUCAUGCUCUGCUUGUUUAUAUUUGUUGUGGUAUUUAAAGUAUCGGGGUAUGUUUAGUACCUGUUGAAUAUUUUGUUGCAUGCUUUUGCAGUGGUGGAUGAUUAAUUUUUGUGCUUAGAACUUUGAGAUUUGGGGCUUUUUGAGAUUAGGGCAUAACUUCAGCUUUAUUGCUUAAAAAUAUGUGUUUUUUUUUUAAAGAAAAGCACACAUUGUUGACAAUUGAAUAUAUUUUGAAGUCUCAAAGAUCUUGUGCUACUUCGUGUGAAGCAAGGUAACUUUUGUUUUGUUUUUCCAAGUCUACACACUGUAGUCAAGUUACAUUAAUAUUGGGACCUUGAGAGUUGUUGAUUGUAGGAAACAUUUCUAUCGUGUUCUUACCACAAAUGGUUAGCUGUGGAUGGUGAGGAAUAACUAGAAAAAUCAUUUUUUUGGAACAUGAGGCUUAAAUCCCAGUUUAAGUCAUGUACUCGUGUGUCAAGUUUUUAUUGUUGUCUAGUGUAUGAAUAAAGCCAGAAACUUUUCAUGUUAUGAGGACUGCCAUUGUGUAC